AAACAAAAUAGACGACUUCAAUAUAGGCCCGGGUCCCAUCCCCGAUGUCCAAAAUAUCUAGACUGGACACCGACGGGAAAUGUCUUUACUUGACAUCAAGGGGAAAGAAUAUCAGCAGUUAUGCUUAAAAUAAAUAUGCGAAGUAGGUUGGCCUGACCGUACAAGGGUGGUCUGAGUGUUGCGGUAAGAGGAAGAAUGCAUAUACAUGCAACCGGCUUUCCUGCAAAUCAUCUCUCGUGGGCUACCUAUGCCAAGACUCCUGAAAGAACAUGUUUUUCUACAAAAGCAGAUUCAAGAUGUCAAUUCAAUAGGUGUAAAUAUUUGCCUGGAAAGAGUGUUCAUCAGCACUUGCACAUUCCGAUCUUAAAUGGAAGAAGGUUUUCUGUAAGGAAGCAUUUUUUGACAGCAAAUGCUAUUGGUCUGAAAGACGAGGAGUCUUCAAUGAAAAAAACUAUUGAAGAAGAGUUGAGAAAUUUAGGUGUGCUAAAUGUGGAUCCAUCCUUGGCUUCACAUAAAGCUCAUUUGCAGUACAGAUAUAAAAACUAUUUGCAACAAAAGCAAGCAAUUGAGAAGCAUGAAGGAAGCCUUGAGGAAUUUUCUCAAGGAUAUUUGAAAUAUGGGUUCAAUCGAGAAGGAAAUGAUAUUGUAUAUAGGGAAUGGGCACCUGCUGCUCGGGAAGCUCAGCUUACUGGAGAUUUCAAUGGCUGGAAUGGAUCUGAGUACCCAAUGGAAAGGGAUCAAUUUGGUGUUUGGUCAAUUUACAUUCCUGAUAAAGAUGGGCAGCCUGCUAUCCCACAUGGUUCAAGGGUGAAAUUCCGAAUGAAAACUUCUGAUGGGAUAUGGGUAGAUAGGAUACCAGCCUGGAUCAGGUAUGCAACUGUGGAUCCUAACAACUUUGGUGCAGCAUAUGAUGGAGUUUAUUGGGAUCCACCGCCUUCUAAGAGGUAUGAGUUCAAAUAUCCUCAAACACCAAGGCCUGAGGCUCCGCGUAUAUAUGAGGCUCAUGUAGGAAUGAGUGGUCCAGAACCACGUGUGGCAUCAUAUUUGGAAUUUGCAGAAAAUGUACUCCCUCGCAUAAAAGCAAACAACUAUAACACAAUUCAGUUGAUGGCUGUAAUGGAACACUCGUACUAUGGAUCAUUUGGAUAUCAUGUCACAAAUUGUUUUGCUGCAAGUAGUAGAUCAGGAACACCAGAGGACCUGAAAUUUUUGAUUGAUAAAGCACACAGUUUAGGUUUACAUGUCUUAAUGGACAUGGUUCACAGUCAUGCUAGUAAUAAUGUUACAGAUGGUCUGAAUGGUUAUGAUCUUGGUCAAAGAGCAGAAGAAUCUUAUUUUCAUACAGGAGAGAGGGGAUAUCAUAAGUUGUGGGAUAGUCGGCUAUUUAAUUAUGGAAAUUGGGAAGUUAAACGAUUUUUACUUUCUAAUUUACGCUGGUGGCUUGAUGAAUUUCAUUUUGAUGGUUUCCGUUUUGAUGGAGUGACUUCGAUGUUAUACCACCAUCAUGGCAUCAACAUAGGAUUUACAGGCAAUUAUAAUGAGUACUUUAGUGAGGCAACUGAUUUGGAUGCUGUAGUCUAUCUAAUGCUGGCUAAUACACUAAUCCAUAAUAUCCAGCCUAACGCAACAGUUAUUGCAGAAGAUGUUUCGGGUAUGCCAACUUUAGGUCUGCCUGUUUCUGAAGGUGGAGCAGGAUUUGAUUACCGCCUAGCAAUGGCCAUUCCAGACAAGUGGAUUGAGUAUUUAAAGCAUAAGCCAGAUGAACAGUGGUCCAUGAAGGAAAUUGUUUCUACGCUAACAAAUAGGAGAUAUACUGAGAAAUGCGUUGCAUAUGCAGAAAGUCAUGAUCAGUCAAUUGUUGGCGAUAGGACUAUUGCAUUUUUAUUGAUGGACAAGGAAAUGUACUUUGCUAUGUCAUGUUUGCAAUCACUUUCCCCUGUUGUUGACCGUGGGAUUGCGCUACAUAAGAUGAUACAUUUCAUAACAAUGUCACUAGGUGGUGAAGGUUAUCUAAACUUUAUGGGAAAUGAGUUUGGUCAUCCCGAAUGGAUUGAUUUUCCAAGAAAAGACAACGGUUGGAGCUAUGACAAAUGUAGAAGACAAUGGAACUUAGUUGACACAGAUCAUCUAAGAUACAAGUUCAUGAACAAUUUCGAUAAAGCCAUGAAUGAAUUGGAUGAAAAUUUUCAUUUUCUAGCUUCUUCGAAACAAAUUGUUAGCAGUGCAAAUGAACAAGAUAAGGUGGUUGUUUUUGAACGAGGAGAAUUAGUGUUUGUUUUCAACUUUCAUCCAAAGAAAACAUACUCUGGGUACAAGAUUGGUUGUGAUUCACCUGGAAAAUAUAGGGUUGCGUUGGAUAGUGAUGCACUGGAGUUCGGUGGUUAUGGCAGGGUGAGUCAUGAUGUUGAUCAUUUCACUUCCCCAGAAGGUAUCCCAGGGAGACCAGAAACAAAUUUCAACAAUCGGCCAAAUUCUCUGAAAAUAUUUUCACCUCCACGUACAUGCCUAGUAUAUUACAGAGUUCCAGAAAUUGCUGUUCCAGAGAUUACUGUUGAUACAGAUGAUAGCAACUUAGUUGAUAAAUCUGUUCUCCUGUGAUAGGCUUAAUUCUUAAAUUUCUAACUAAUCACAAAGACACUGUAUGAGAUUUCUUGACAAGCAGAGGUAAUCAAAUAAGCAGUGACAUUUUUUCUACGUAAUUUACUCUUAGAUAAUUAGAUUCUUUUUUCAUUUGCUAUUUAUGGACUGAGAGAAACCUUGCCAGUAUGCGAUGAGCUAAUCUGAAGUCUUAAAUAUCCAUCAGCCUGAUAAAUUAUUCAGAAUCAUGUUGGAAAUUCUGCUGGAAAUUGGAUUUUCCAUUUUAAACAGGACAUUGUAGAAUGAUGAACCUUGUUUGAAUGAAUUUACAAUAAGAUGUCAAAUGUACACAAUAGUUUUUUUGAUUCAAUGACAUUAUCAGAGAAAUAUUAUUUACU